AUGACCUCCACUCUGAAAGGAUUAUUGGGAUCUAAUACCUCUAAAAAUUCAUGCUCGAUCUCCUCUGAGAAGUCCCCACGAAGAGCGCUCCCAGCCAACUGGUAUACGUCGCAGGCUCUGUAUGAACUUGAGAGGCGAUCUAUCUUCGCCAGAAAUUGGUUGCUCACCACGCAUUCUCUGCGAUUAUCUAAACCUGGAAACUGGCUACGCUACGAAACUGCAGGGUGGUAUUUUGUCCUCUUUCGAGACACUAACAAUGCUAUCAAAGCAUUUCACGAUGUCUCGGCUCACAGUACUGAGGACCGGAUUGACCAACCCGAAGAAUUCCUCGCCCAGGGUUAUGCGAAUUCGAGCCCAGUUCAUGUCCAUAUCGAUCUGAAUGGCUUUAUAUGGGUUAACCUGGAUUCAAACGAGGAGCCAGAGAUUGCGUGGGAAAGAGAUUUCAAGGGUAUUGACCUCCAGCCUCGCUUCAGCGACUUUGACUGGAAUAAUUACGUCUUUGACCAUACAUGGGAGAUGAAUGGCGCAUAUAAUUGGAAGGUAUUAGCUGAUAACUAUAAUGAAUGCUAUCAUUGCGCCACAGCCCACCCUGAUGUGCAGUCCGUUGCGGAUCUGAAUUCAUACUCGGUCGACACCGUCGACGGAAGCAUUAUCCAUCUUCCAGCAUCAACGCCAGAACAGAUCAAAGCGGGCUUGAAAGUCUGUAGCACAUAUUACUUUCCAAAUGCCUCGAUGACUGUAACACCUCACUUCUUUUUCAUGCAGCGAUUUACCCCAACUUCACCAAAGACCUGUCAGAUGCGGUAUGAAGUCUUUCGGAAUAUGCACUCUUCCGACGCAGACUUCAAUUUGGUCAGCGACAUGUUCAAGCGAAUUAUGAACGAAGACAAGCAUCUCUGCAUCGAGGCACAGAAGAAUCUGAGCUCGGGAACUUUUGUGAACGGGUUACUUCACCCAGAGAUGGAAAAGGGCCCGCUAUACUUUCAGUCUGUUGUUCGAAAUAUUGUAAAAGAGCACCACCGACGUGAGAAGGAAGCUCGGCACGAAAUUUGGGCUGUUCAAUGA